GGGAGGGGCAUGGCGGGCGCCCUGACAAGUGCUCAACUCUACUUUGCGGGUUCGCGGGAUAACGUCUAGACCUCAGAGGGAGCACGGUCAGGUGUGGAAGGCGUCCCAUGGUGGAUAGGAGGCACAUGUUGUGGAGAGCUUACCAGAGUAGGUCCCGAGUCUCCGCGCCAUGUUCGCUCCGGGGUUCGGCUCAGGAGAAGGUUCCAGCGGCGGCGGCGGCAGCGGCAGCGGCAGUAACAGUAACGUUAACCACCUGCUGGUUAAGCGCGGCGGCCUUACAACCGUCAGCAAGUACGGGGCGAACGUGUUCACUAUGACCACCGAGGAAGACGAUGAAGAGGCGCAGUUUGACACCUCUGACAGCGAUAACUUUGAACUGCGGGCGGCUGGUGAGAGUUAUCCCUCCAUCCAGGAGUUUGCCUCCGCCAUCCCCAACCACCUCCUGCUGGGGUCCCUGCUGGAGCACCUGUGCUUCGUCUACGAGAGUGACCCGACACGCUCCCGCAUGCUUUUCAAAGUCAUUGGCCAGCACUUGGCUGCCAUGAACCUCCUCUCACCGUUGGCCAUCAGCGAUGAGUUCAGCACCGUUAGACUGCAGCACAACCGGGCCUUCACCGAGCUGCUGCAUGCUGCCAGGUCCUCCGUGCUUCCACAGGGUCCACAACUUCUUAAUGCAGAUGCACAAAGCCUGACUGUGAGGCCUAAAGAGGGCCUGUUCCAGGCACAGACGUCACGAUAUCUCAGCGAGUUUGUGGAAAUCUGUAGACUCGGCAAAGGAUCCUAUGGCAGCGUUUUCAAGGUUAUUAACAAGCUAGAUGGCCAGAGCUACGCUGUGAAGAAAAUUCUCAUUAAGAAAGUUUCAACAGAAGACUGCAUGAAGGUCCUGCGGGAGGCCAAAGUGCUGUCCGGUUUGCAGCAUGUGAAUGUGGUUGGUUAUCACACCGCAUGGAUGGAGCACGUCCAGCCUGCAGCCAACUCUCACUCUUGCCCACCAGCUCUGGAAUCCCCUGCACGCCAAAACAGUAGUGAUGACAGUGCUGACUGCUGUAGCUCCGGCUCAUCAGUCGUCUUUCAAAGCACUGGUCCUGUGAAGCCAGAUGUGCCUCCCGUUAAAGCUUUAGUCCCAAGCCUGGACAGAAGUCAAGUGGUUUGUCCCAAAACGAUGCGAUCCGUCCCGGAGCACUACGUCCCCUGUGUGUUUUUGGGUCAGCGAGGGUCGGUGAAGAUGCCACCCUGCCCCGCCAUCAACUGGGACAUGUUGGCGAUUCUAGAGAAGGACUCUGGCGUGAGGAAGCUGGAACUGAACAAUAACUCCAGUGUCGACAUGGGGGCCCAGCAGCGGACGGACAAAUGCACCACGAAGCCCUCGAAAGAGGUUCAUUUCCAGCUGAUGCUUUACAUCCAGAUGCAGCUCUGCGAGCGCUCGCUGAAAGACUGGCUCACUGAGAGGAACGCCAGACCCAGAGAGGAACCCGGCUCCAGAUGUCCUUAUGGCAUCGUGGAGGCAGAGGUCACUCUGAACCUGCUGAGGAACAUACUGGAAGGUGUGGAGUACAUCCACUCCAAGGGAAUCAUGCACAGAGACUUGAAGCCAAGGAACAUUUUCCUCCAUGGGCGCGACUGCCAUGUUAGGAUCGGAGACUUUGGCCUGGCCUGCGGGGAUAUAAUAGUGGAUGACCAUGAACCAUUACUCUCUACAUCCUUCAAUGCUGGCUCCACACACACGACAGGCGUGGGUACGUUUGUGUAUGCCGCACCAGAGCAACUGGAGGGCUCUCAUUACGACUCAAAGUCAGACAUGUACAGCAUAGGAGUGCUGGCCCUUGAGUUAUUCCAGCCCUUCGGGACGGAGAUGGAGCGUGUGCGGACUCUCGGGGAUCUGCGGGAUGGCAAAAUCCCAGGGUCCUUUUGCUGUAGAUGGACAGUCCUAGCUGAACACAUCAUGAAGCUCACCAGUAAAGACCCCAGUAUGCGACCAAGCGCAACCCAACUACUAGAGAGCCAGCUUUUCAACAGUAAAGACAUGGUGAUCCAUGGCUUGCAGAGGAGGGUUGAAGAGCAGGAGGAGGAGAUCCUUCAGCUGCGGAGGCAGAUCAGUCAGCUUCAGAGCUCAGAAAAGUAACCUGACUGUGAAAACAGACUGAAUGACUUGAUGCAAGAGUUUUAAUUUGCAUGUUUAUGUCCUGUUUAUAUAGAUGUGAAUGUGUAACUAUAUAAGUGCAUUAAACUUUGAAAUAAACUAAUUUAUACUGGUUUUUGUUGGAGUUUGAGACAUGCACUGGGCAAUAAUUCAUUAUCAUCAUUUAUCUUUCAAUGUAUUUUAUUGGGAUAAAAUUCAGAUAUUGUCAUGUUGUGAUACAGUUUUGUGGUCAAAAUGAUUGAUAAUGAGAAUUUAUGACCCAAAAUGUC